AUGGUUGCAGCUAUUGCGAAAGCAGGCUUCCCUGUUAAUCAACAUCCUCAAUUGAGCUGGGACUUAAUAUUCACUGCUUGGCCUACGGGGCUGGUAACCGGUAACUAUUCUUAUGAUACACAAUUCAAACCUCAAGAGUUACCAGUUCUGGGAAUAGGGAAUUCUGUCAAGCUAGACUUGCAGGUUCCUGAGCUAUCAUCGUUAUGGAAUCAGACCAGUCAUUCCGACAGUUCGAAACACUUUGUUCCAAGUUUACAGCUCCAAAACAAUUACCAAGCGGUCGAAUUUGAGGGCAGAUGCCGUGAUAUCCCAGCCGUGCCUAUUUCAAACGACCGGGGACAAUUGCACAGCACGGAAAUAUUCUCACGUGGAUGGCCUGACCAGGCCCCAGACACUGUUUGCGGCUGGGGAUCCAGCGAAAAACAUACCCGACUAGUUCGAAAAGAAUUCGUUGAGUUAUUAAACACCUACCAUGUGAAAGUACUUAAUGAUGCUGGCUGCGGUGACCUUUCAUGGAUGAGCAUGGUAGACCUCGACGGGGUCGACUAUAUUGGCUACGAUUUAUAUGAGCGAGCGAACUGGGCCGAUUUACGACAACGCGGUUAUCAUCUGGACGUUCUUGAUAUCACGGCAAAUGAACUGCGCCCUGCCGAUCUACUCAUUUGUCGCGAUGUUUUCAUUCAUUUGCCGAACGACAUGAUCCUUGCCACGUUGGAGCGAUUUCGCCGAUCGGCCUCCCUGCUCCUCACUACAGGCUACACCAGUGACCCGAGUCUGAGUGAAGGGGAAUUCUCGAAUUUCAAGCGAAUGGAUGAGCCAAAUCUGCAUCACAGAAAGCUCGAUCUUACUCUACCUCCAUUCAACCUUGGCCAACCUCUUGUUCGCAUCCCAGAGGACUCGCCUAAUAAAUAUCUCGGACUCUGGGACCUGAAUUACCCGCAAACUUGCCUUUGA